UGCGCCUUUAUUCCGGGUCGCAAUUUACCUUAAAAAGUUAUCGCUUUACUUACCAAUAAACGAUAGUAUUUAUCAAAUAACACUUUGCUUUACAUAAACAACGACAGAUAAGUUGGGUUAAUAACGUGCAGAGUUAUUUAUUGAUGCCAUAAACGCUUUUGAGAAGGCCUUUGCAGUGUGGAGAAGCUAACGGUAAAGUUAGCUCAAACAUGGGAACCAGACAGAAGAGACUAGCUCAAGAAAAAGAAGUGAUUGUUGAGGCGCUGGAUACUAGGGCCCAGUCAGUGGUUUUUGUCAAACGCAUGGUGGUUAUAGCUGUAUCCUCCAUCACCUAUCUACGUGGGAUAUUUCCAGAGGACUCCUACAGAUCCAGAUACCUGGAAGAUUUGUGUAUCAAAGUCCUCAAACAAGAUUGUCAAUGCCCCGAAGCCCGCAAACUCAUCAAAUGGCUGUUGGGAUGUUUUGAUGCUUUGGAGAAGAGAUAUCUUCAAAUGGUGGUCAUUGGGGUACACACGAGCCCAGAUGACAGUCAUCAUGUCAUUGAGUCCUACCAGUUUAAGUUCAGAUAUUCAGAGUGUGGACCACAGAUGGACAUCCUGAGUAAUGUAAAUGGGGACAUGAAAGUGACCUUAGAGGACACAAAAAAAGCUUCAUCGCUCCUGAUCAGGAAGCUGUUCCUCCUCAUGCAGAAUCUACAGUCUUUGCCCACUGGAGUCUACCUCACUAUGAAACUCUACUACUAUGAUGAUGUCACACCACCGGAAUAUGAGCCACCAGGAUUCAAGGCAGGUGUAAAUGAUAGCCUGUGGUUCGAGGGAACUGCGGUGCAUUUCAGAGUGGGCGAUAUUCAGUCUCGCUUCCACACCAUGAAGUUACGUGUGACGGCAGCACAGAGCCGGCUUGGAAAGCUACAGGAGGCAGGCCAGUUGAGUGAGAAUGACAUGGAGAUGGAGACACCCUCUCUCUCUCAGAUCAGAGCAACAGAAAUGGUGAACCACGAGCAAGACCUGCCCUCUGAAGAUGAAUCAAUUGCACAGUUCAAACAGCCAAAAAAAGCUAUAGCAAAGAGGAAAUGUGUCAGAAGCAAAGUCUCAAGAAAGAAAAAGACGAAAUGCUAUUGAAAAAUAAAAAACACGACAAGUUUGCAUCAGACAAACUAAAAUGUUUUAAAUAGGUUUUUGCUAAUAUAUCUUUUUAAGUUAGGCAGUAAAAUGUCUUUUUAGUAGGUAGAUUGAGUUUUUGACUAAAUAAUUAGUUAUGGAGAAUUCACCCUCCUCAUAUUCUAGAAUUUAUUUAUUGAGUGGACUUCUGUUUGUAGUUGAUGAAGAAGGAAGAUCUUUUAACUGAAAGUACAAAACAAUGUUGAAUGCAUGACGCAUCAGCAGCUUGUUAUA